AUGUCGAUCCCUUUCUUUUUUUCUCUUUUCUUUUACUCUCUUUUUUUCUCUUUCUCAUUCCUCUGUCUCUCACCCACAUCUUUCUUUCCCUAUUUCCUCAAUCUUUCUCUAAAUGCGAUCCCUCUUUUCUCUUUUCUCUUUUACUUUUUUUUUUCAUUUUCUCAUUCCUCUGUCUCUCACCCCUCUUUUUUUCCCUGUUUCUUUCUCUCCCUCUUUUUUCUUUUCUUUUCCUUUUUCUCUUUCUCAUUCCUCUGUCUCUCACCCCACAUCUUUCUUUCCUAUUUCUCCCCUUUUUUUCUUUCUCUUUUUACUCUCUUUUUUCUCACUUUCUCAUUCCUCUGUCUCUCACCCACAUCUUUCUUUCCCUAUUUUCCAUCUUUCUCAAUCUUUUUCUCUUUAAAUGCGAUCCACUUUCUUUCUCUGUCUUCUUUUUAUUUCCUCCUCUUUUUCUCCACUUUCUCAUUCUCUUUGUCUCUCACCCACAUUCUUUCUCUUUCAUCUUUCUUAUUUCCUCCAUCUUUCUCUAAAUGCGAUCCACUUUUUUUUUUCUUUUACUCUCUUUUUUCUCACUUUUCAUUCCUCUGUCUCUCACCCACAUCUUUCUUUCCCUAUUUCCUCAAUCUUUCUCUAAAUGCGAUCCUCUCUUUUCUCUUUCUCUUUUUCUCUUUUUCUCCUUUUCUCAUUUCUCUCAUCUUUCUUUCCCUAUUUCCUCCAUCUUUCUCUAAAUGCGUCCCUUUUUCUCUUUUCUUUUACUCUCCACUUUCUCAUUCCUCUGUCUCUCAAAUCUUUCGAUUUCUCAAUCUUUCUCUAAAUGCGAUCCAUCUUUUUUUUCUCUUUCUUUUUUACACUCUUUUUUCUCACUUUUUCUCAUUCCUCUGUCUCUCACCCACAUCUUUCUUUCCCCUAUUUCCUCAAUCUUUUCUAAAUGCGAUCCACUUUUUUUCUCUUUCUCUUUUUACUCUUUUUUCUCACUUUUCAUUCCUCUGUCUCUCACCCACAUCUUUCUUUCCCUAUUUCCUCCAUCUUUCUCUAAAUGCGAUCACUUUUUCUUUUUCUCUUUCUCUUUUUACAUUCUCUUUUCUCACUUUUUCAUUCCUCUUUCUCUCACCCACAUUUUUUUCUUUCUUUUUCCUUUUUUCCAUCUUUCUCUAA